CUGAUUAAUAUUCUAUAGACAGGGGUCCGAGCGAACUAAUGCUUGCACUCCAACCGACGUGAGCACUGCUUCGGUAUGAAGAUAUAGACCUAUGCACAUUUUUGUCGCAGUUUUUUGCUCACUGGGUAUUUGAUUAUUAUGAUCUCCUUCCAUAAGGCGUUAAGUCGAUGAAAUCCUCAUCUUCCCACUGAAACAGGGGCGGCACGGUUUAACCGCAACGCAUCACUCUGGUUCUGCACCUGGGUGUGCAUUUGACACUCCACACAGCGCAAACAAUGUGAGAACAAGCGGGAGAUGAAUCUAACCAAUUUUAACUUCAAUUUUGGAAAUUUAUUUUUCACGAAUUUUUCACUUUCGGUACCUGAACAUGAUUAUAACAACCGGAGUUUACAAGAUACCAAUUCCUACCCUGACUUAUUCUUGUUUUCGGGAAACGAACCGAGCACCAUCGUGCUGGUGGUUAUGUACACCCUGUCCUUCCUCAUUGGGCUUGUGGGGAACAUCAUGGCUCUCCUGGUCCUAACCCGAAAGAGGACCGGCCUGGCGGGAAUUUCGGCAACGCGGAGAUUGCUGGUCAACCUCGCAGUUUGUGACAUGAUGGUGGUGUGUGUGUGCAUGCCUGUUAACUUGGGACACCAGGUCUACAAUGCUUGGGUGUUUGGGGACUUUCUGUGCCGCACCGUGCCCUUCGUCCAGGCCGUGUCGGUUUCCGCGAGCGUCCUUAGUCUGGCUGUGAUCAGUCUGAAUCGUUACUACAGCGUGCACAAUCCUCUCCACGCUCGGUCCUUUUUUACCGGGCGGCGGACACUGUGUAUGAUCUGUGUGGUGUGGAGCAUGUCCUCCGGGCUGGCCAUACCGCUUCUCUUCAUGAACACCACCCAGACUCUGACGCUGCUGGAUGUCACUGUCACUGUGUGCGUGGAGAGCUGGAACGAAAUCAAACUGAAACAGAGAUAUAGUUUUCUGCUGUUCUGCUCUCUCUAUGGCUUCCCAGUGUUGUUUAACCUCAUCAUCAGCGUGCUAACCGGCUGGAAGCUAUGGGGCACGGACGACAAACGGACGCAAGAUUCUAAUACAUUUGGGGUUAAGCUAUCCCUCUCGCGUCUCAAAGUGCGUAAAAGAAUCGCAAAGAUGGUGCUGUCUCUGGUUGUGCUUUUCACCCUGUCCUGGUUACCUCUGUAUGUAGUGGACAUAUGGCUAGACUUUAAUAUGACCUUAUCUUUAGAGAAAGAGGAGGUGGAUGUGAACCAUGUCAAUCACGAGUGGAUUCUCCAAGGGAGACCUUUUGCGCUAUGGCUGGGUCUGACAAACUCCGCUCUCAACCCGCUCUGCUAUUGUUUCGUGGGGAACUUGCACAGGUCUGCGAAACGGUUCAGGAAAAGCUACCAACAAAAACUGUCGUCAGUGUUCAGUGUUCAGAAUCCUCGGCAGUCCUCUAUGCCAAUGGGCAACACAUCAAUGCCCAAACUCUUGCCCUAUAACCGCUCGCAAUCGGAGAAGCACUGCGCGGAAGUGCGCUCGUUGAAAAGCGUCAACCUAGGUGAGAAAGUAACGAACACCAAGAGCCUGUCAUCUGUGACCGUGUGUGAGACUGUUUUCGACUGACUCAAAAAAAUAUGGAUAACAGACUGACCGAUAGAUUGAUCGGCGUACAGAGAGACGGAUGGAUUAACUGACGGAGAAACAGUCCGACCUACAGUGUCUAACAGGAUACUUGGGUGUAACAGGGUGAUUGUUAUACUUAUUUCCCCAAUAAACAAGAACUCGUUCAUCAUAGCUCAUUUUUGGAUAUUCUGUGAAAAUGUGUUUACCAAUAUGAACGUAAAUAAUAGCCCAUGAUUCCAGUAUUGUUGACGAAUCAAACUUGCUAUCUGAGUGAUGAACAUGCUGUCUUAUUGCCAAUGAUCUUUUGAGAUGUGGUUUUUCUGAAUCCAGUU